AUGGAAUCAAAUGUGGAUAAGCAGUUUCCUGCACCUACGCCAUACUUCUUACCAGAGGACUGUAAAUCGGGUCAAGAUGUCAAAGUCUACAAAGUCCACUCACCUUUCACCUGUCCACCACCACCACCACCACCAGCACAGCCACCACAACUGCCUUCCUCGUCCUCACCUUCAGGAGUUUGCUUGCCCAACAAUAUUUUCUCAGCUGUACCAGUGUAUGAUGCCCCUUUACGCACACCCAGGGCAAAGUUUGUGAGCUACGAAGCUGAGCUGCGACGCUCUCCAGGUCUGGCAACCUGCCCCUCCUGCAGGACUCGGGUCACCACAGAGGUCACCUUUAAAGCCGGGACUUUUGCGUGGCUCAUGUGUCUUGUGUUUGUGUUAUGCGGGUUGGUGCUCGGCUGCUGCCUGAUUCCAUUUUUUGUAAACCACUUCAAGGAUGCCUACCACAGUUGUCCACGCUGUCGACUGGUUCUUCACGUGCACAAGAAGCAGUGCUGCGAGUGA